AUGACUUCCCCAAGACCCGUCUUAUUGAUGCCUCCUGGGAGAAAUAAACUUAAACAUACUAUUAAAAAUAAGAGGACUCAUUUCCAAUAUACUGAAGAAGCAUUGGCACAAGCUGUCCAGGCCAUAAGAACAGAAAAUAAAAGCAUCAGAGAGGCCUGCCAUCACUAUGGUGUCCCUCGCUCAACAGUUCAAGAUCGAAUUUCCGGCAGAUCUAAAGAACAACCUCGAAAAGUAGGUCCAGAGCCUAUACUAGGCAUUGAUGGUGAGCAAAAAAUUGUAGACUGGAUUACAGAAUUAACCAAAUGUGGGAUUCCUGUGAGCAAAGAGGUAUUGCUGGAAAAUGUUGCAAAAAUAAUUAAAAAUAUUGGAAGAGAAAAUAAGUUUCCAGAAGGGCGACCGGGACAGACAUGGUACCAAAAUUUUCUUAGAAGGCAUCCGAAGAUUAGGGUACGUGAACCUGAAAGUAUUAAUAAAGCCAGAGAGGCGGUCAGAGAGAGCUUAAUGGUUUACAGAUCU